AUGGAUUCCGCACCUUUGUGUGUUAAGUUUACAGGCACAAAUUAUUCUACCUGGGCAUUUCAGUUUGAACUUUUUCUUAAGGGAAAAGACCUUUGGAGUCAUAUUGAUGGCACGGAUGUUGAAAAACCAUCCACUUUUGACAAAUCUCAGGAUGUUGGGUCUUCUCCUUCAUGGGUUGUGCUUGAUGCACGCAUCAUGUCUUGGCUUCUUGGUUCAGUGGAGCCUCAUAUUGUCACCCACUUGCGGCCCCAUCGCUCCGCUCAAUCUAUGUGGGCUUAUUUGAAGAAAGUUUAUCAUCAGGAUAACGAUGCUCGUCGCUUUCAAUUAGAACAUGCGAUUGCCAUGUUUCAACAUGGUAGUCUUUCCAUCCAGGACUACUACUCGGCAUUUCUGACUCUUUGGCAUGAAUAUGCUGAUUUGGUUACAGCGGAUGUUCCUAUUGCCGCUCUCUCAACUAUUCAGACUAUUCACGUGACUACCCGGCGUGAUCAGUUUCUUAUGAAACUACGUCCGGAAUAUGAAUCUGUCCGCUCCUCUUUACUGAAUAGAUCUCUUGUUCCCUCUCUUGAUAUUUGUUUUGGUGAGUUACUUCGCGAAGAGCAACGCCUUAGUACUCAAGCUAUUUUGGAGCAAUCUCAUGGCAGUUCCGGGACGACAACUGUAGCUUAUGCUGCCCAAGGACGCGGACCACCUAUGCAUUCUAAAAACAUGCAGUGUUUUUGCUGCAAGGAAUAUGGGCAUAUUGCUGCCACUUGCCCUAAGAAGUUUUGUUCUUAUUGCAAGAAGAAGGGUCACAUUAUCAAAGAAUGUCGUAUUCGCCCCCAGAAUCGUCAAGCCCAAGCAUUUCAGACUUUGGUUAUUGUCCCUCCUGUAGCCACACACGACUCUCCUUCAGCUAUGUGCUCUGUUCCUCCUAAGGCACAAUGUCGUUGA